AUGGACACAAUUGCGAACUUUCCAGCGCUGGGCCGAGGCCAGCCUCUCUGCCAAGCGCCUCCGUCGCGUACGCGACACGCUCCUCGGCCGAGCGCGGCAGUACACAGCCAGCACUUGCCUGCGCGCGUGGACAGGCUGGGCAGGAUACCGCCGGAGACUAUCGGGACGGGGAAGAGCUCUGUGCAGCCAGUCGAGCAGGCGGCUACAGAGACGGGCGAUGGCAGAGUGGCGGGAGGAAGGGAGGACGAGGAGGCUGGCGGAGCGGGAGCUGAAGCGGGCACGGUGGGUGCGGAAGGAGGCGGGGCAGGCUCUGGGGAGAUGGCAGGCGUGGGUGUAUCUUGUCAGGCGUACAAGAGCCUCAGGGCGCCUGGCGUUGCGCCUCGCGAAGCAAUCAGCAAGUCGUUGUAUGUCGAGGACCUUGCAGCGCUGGGCCGAGGCCAGCCUCUCUGCCAAGCGCCUCCGUCGCGUACGCGACACGCUCCUCGGCCGAGCGCGGCAGCAAACAGCCAGCACUUGCCUGCGCGCGUGGACAGGCUGGGCAGGAUACCGCCGGAGACUAUCGGGACGGGGAAGAGCUCUGUGCAGCCAGUCGAGCAGGCGGCUACAGAGACGGGCGAUGGCAGAGUGGCGGGAGGAAGGGAGGACGAGGAGGCUGGCGGAGCGGGAGCUGAAGCGGGUAGAGCAAGGGACCUGUAG